CUUUUCCAUGAAGUGAAACCAAAAAGAGAUCCCACUGAAGUUGAGAAAACCCCAAUUCGCGCGAGACAUUUUAGUGCGAGAAACAGCUACUGAUCCUGAUCCGUCUAUGGCGACUCCGACUUCGCGGUCGGACAAAUUGGCGGUGACGCCGCGGAGCGCCGUAACAAUUGGAGUGACUCCGAAUUCUGGUUCGUCUAGGGUUUUGAAAACCCCAUUGAGCGACGAAACCAUUUGGAAGCGGCUCAAAGAAGCAGGUUUUGAUGAAGAUUCGAUUAAACGGAGAGAUAAGGCGGCACUCAUUGCCUAUAUUGCGAAAUUAGAAGCCGAGGUAUAUGAACACCAGCAUCAUAUGGGCCUACUUAUAAUGGAAAGGAACGAAUGGCAUUCAAAGUAUGAUGAAGCUAAAUCGAUUGCCGACACAGCUGAGCUGAAUUAUAAGCGUGAACGGGCUUCCCAUGUCUCCAACAUGGCUGGUGCUAGAAAACAAGAAGACAGUCUCAGGAAAGCUCUCGGAAUUGAGAAAGAAUGCGUUAAGAAUAUCGAGAAGACCUUGCAUGAAAUGCGUGCUGAGUAUGCAGAGGUGAAGGUGGCAUCCGAUAGUAAAUUUGCAGAAGCAAGAAAUAUGGUGGAAGAUGCCUUGAAGAAGUUAACAGAGGCUGAGGAGAAAAAGCGGGCUGCAGAGUCACUUGAAGCAGAAGCGACUCGGUAUCAUCGAACUGCUGAAAGAAAGUUGCAUGAAGUUGAAGAACGUGAAGAUGACUUACGGAGACGCAUUGUGUCAUCUAAGGCUGAUUUUGAAGCUAAAGAGAAAGAAAUUCAGCUCGAGAGGCAAUCCCUAUCUGAAAGGCAAAAAGUUAUGCAGCAAACGCAAGAGAGGUUACUGGAUGCACACGCUUUGCUGAACCAGAGAGAAGAAUAUGUUUUAGAUAAAACCAAAGAGUUGAAGAGAUUAGAGAGGGAGCUUGGUGAAUUAAAGUUAAGCAUUUCCCAAGAGCGUAUGUCCUUAAAUGAAGAAAAAAUCUCUUUUGAGCUAAAAGUGAGUACCUUAUCAGCAAGAGAGGAGGCUGUUAUCAAAAGAGAAUGUGAUCUUCUCAAGAAGGAGGAAGAGGCACUUCUGAUGCAAGCUAAAAUUACAAGCAAAGAAUCUGAUAAUAAUCAACAAGUAAUGUCUAAUCAAGAAGCAGCUUUGGCAAUAAGGAAUUCUGCUUUUGAGGCAGAAGCUGAAACGAAGCGCAAGUUCUUAGAAGAGGAGAUUAACACCAAGAGGCGGGCAUGGGAAUUAAGAGAACUUGACAUCAGUCAACGUGAGGACUUCAUCUCAGAAAAAGAAAGAGAGUUGGAUGCUGCAUCAAAGCGCCUUGAAGAAAAAGAGAAGGAAGUAGAAGAGAGAUUAAGUUUAGUUGAAGAGAAACAAAAGAAUCUUUGCACUCUGGAAGAAGAUUUAGAAGUAAAGAAAUGUUCUCUCAAACAAGAGAAGGAAGAGAUCCACCAGAUGAAGCUUGAUCUUAAGAAGUCUUCUGAUUUGCUGGAGGAGAGGAAGAAACAGAUCAGUGAUGCAGAGGAGAACAUGGAGGCAAUGAGGACUGAAAGAAAUGAAUUACUUGAGCUAGAAUUGAGACUAAAAGAAGAGAUUGAUAAUAUUAGUGUGCAGAAACAAGAACAUGAGGCUGAGGCAGACCGCUUGAAAGCAGAGAAGGCAAAAUUUGAAUCUGAGUGGGAGCUAAUUGAUGAAAAAAGGGAACAGCUUGUAAAAGAAGCAGAGCGUAUUGCUGAGGAGAGGUCAAGUGUCUCCAAAUUUCUGAAUGAUGAGCGUGAAAGCUUGAAAGCAGAAAAAGAUGAAUUGAGGGACCAAUAUAAACGUGAUCUUGAGUCACUCUCCCAUGACCGGGAGUCAUUCAUGAAACAACUUGAGAAUGAACGUGCUGAGUGGUUUAGUAAGAUGCAGAAAGAGCGUGAUGAUUUCUUGCGGGAUAUUGAGAUGCAGAAGAAGGAGUUGAAUAACUCUAUUGAGAAGAGACGUGAAGAAAUUGAGAAUUAUCUUGCAGAAAGAGCGAAGGAAUUUGAGGAAGAAAAAAAGAAAGAACUUCAACAUAUUAAUUCUCUUAAAGAACGAGUAGGGAAGGAACUUGAACACGUAAACUCUGAAAUGAAGAGGCUUGACGAUGAGAGAAGAGAGAUAAAUAGAGAUCGUGAAAAGAGGGACCAAGAAUGGGCUGAGCUAAAUAGUUCAAUAGAGGAGCUUAAGGUACAAAGAGAAAAAUUGGAGAAUCAAAGAGAGUUACUAAGAGCUGAUAGAGAGGGCAUCAUUUCUCAGAUUGAGACCUUGAAGGGGUUGGAGGUUUUAAAAGAAAGAUUAGACUCUAUUUCUGUACUUGAGAUGCAAUCCAACUUGCAGUCAAAGAAUCAGAAAACUUCAACUAAAAGAUUUGUGAGUCAACCGAAUGAAAUGGUUUCAGAUCAAAAUGGGAUAGUUAAUAAUGGGUCUGGUAGAAAAGAGUCCGAUAAGUCUUCUUCUCCCCUCUCUGCUCCUCUCUCAUGGCUCAAACGAUGUGCUGAUACAAUUCUUGAACCGAGACAUAGUAACAAAAAAUUUAAGAAAGAAAAGGAUAUGACAGAUCAUGGAUCAGAAGAUAUGACUCCAUGCUUGCCACAGAAGUACUCAAACUCAUCUAAGGUCAAUCAUAUUGUCGAACCAUUUGAUCAAACUCCAGUUGGCACAGAGACCACAGUCUAUAUUGAUAAAGUUGUUACAAUUGAACAAGUGACAAAAUUUGACAUUGAAAGGCUCACAGGAAGCAGUGAGGAUGCUGGAGUUGAUGAGAAAGUUGAUAAAAAUGGUGAUGUGGAGUAAGAUAAUAGGAUAGCUUUCUACAGGGAUUUGGUGAAGAAAUCUUGCACUUAUUUGACAUAUAGUUGGCGUGGAAUAGUAUUUCUUAGAAAGCAAAUGCAUACUCUUGGUUUUGGUGAUGAUGUAUGCAAGCUAGUAGUGCUUAGUAUCCGGAAUGCGACUUGUCCCAUCUGUUUCAUGGUGUAAAUGAUCCAACUAACACAUCUAGUUUCGUGUAAAAUGUGUGCCUAUAGUGAUCUUCUAGAGUGGUGUUUUUCAUGACUGGUGUUCUUGAUGUAAGAUGUUGAUCCUUGUUCCUUUUCUGUAUUUUGGAGGUAUUAAUCAUAGGUGUGUUUAAUGUUUGA